GAUAAGCUAGUUGCAGGCUGCUGCACCUUGUGUCCGCGAUGAGGCGUGUUGUGGAGAGGACGGAGCCGCGAUGAGUCAUUGAACGUACCGCUGCACCGUUCUCCGAUGCACAGAGGGCUGUAUGGAUGUAUUUGGAUGUAUUUUCCACCUUUUUACUUUCAACUCAUACUUGCUCCCGAAUGCUGAUACUAUGUGGGAAUGCAUAAAGGUGUGAGGUGAAGGGAGCAGACAGGAAACAGGAAGCGCGUGUUUUGGGCACGGCCCCCCACAGAGGCUUGAUGUCAACGUGCACACAGGAGCAGCUGGAUGCGGCCCGGAUGCGCUCGGUCGGAUGGCCGCUUGAAACCCUGCUCCCCGGCGUGCACCCGAACGCACCGUGAUGCCUUCCAAGGUGUCAUGUCUGUACCUGCUGACAGUGGUGUGCUGGGCCAGCGCCCUGUGGUACCUGAGCGUGUCCCGGCCCACCUCCACCUACGUGGGCCACAUGUCUCUGCCCGUACGCAAGACGGCCAAAGCCGCCAAGAACGUCACCUUCAGCAACAUCCGAACGCGACCUCUCAACCCUCACGCCUAUGCCUUCGUCAUCAACGAGCCCGGGAAGUGCGAGGAGCAGGUCCCCUUCCUGGUCAUUCUGGUCAGCACCACGCACAAGGAGUUUGACGCCCGCCAGGCCAUCCGUGAGACCUGGGGCGACGAGAGCACCUUCAGCGACCUCCGCAUCGUCACCAUCUUCCUGCUGGGCAGGAACACGGAUCCCAUCCUCAACCAGAUGGUGGAGCAGGAGAGCCAGAUCUUCCACGACAUGGUGGUGGAGGACUUCAUCGACUCCUACCACAACCUCACCCUCAAGACCAUGAUGGGGAUGCGCUGGGUGGCCACCUUCUGCCCCAAGGCGCAGUACAUCAUGAAGACGGACAGCGACGUCUUCAUCAACAUGGACAAUCUCCUCUAUAAGCUCCUCAAGCCCAGCACCAAGCCCAGGAAGAGGUACUUCACCGGCUACGUCAUCAACGGGGGGCCCAUCAGGGACAUGCGCAGCAAGUGGUACAUGCCCAGAGACGUCUACCCCGAGAGCAAGUACCCGCCCUUCUGCUCGGGCACGGGCUACGUCUUCUCCUCGGACGUGGCCGAGCUCAUCUACAAGACGUCCCUCCACACCCGCCUGCUGCACCUGGAGGACGUCUACGUGGGCUUGUGUCUGCGUAAGCUGGGCAUCCAUCCCUACCAGAACACGGGCUUCAACCACUGGAAGAUGGCCUACAGCCUGUGCCGCUACCGCAGGGUCAUCACCGUCCACCAGAUCUCCCCCGAGGAGAUGCACCGCGUGUGGAAUGACAUGUCCAGCAAGAAGCACCUCAAGUGUUAGCGCCUCGUUUUUUCUUUGCCUUCUUGACCUCGUCUUUCUGUACUGACCAACUGAAUGCUGACGCUGGCCGCGUUUUUAUGUCCUGGCGACCAUUCAUUCUGGAAAUUCACUGGGACCUUGGAUAGCGUGUGCCCUGGUUUGCAUACGCCACGGCUAUUGUAUGCUCCGGUUAGUGGAUGCUCCAGUUAACAGACACUGCGGUUAACAAACACUACGGUUAGUGUAUGCUCCAGUUAGCAUACACUCCGGUUAGCGUAUGCCCUGGUUAGUGAACGCUCCAGUUAGCGUACGCUCUGCUUUUGGUACCAGUCAAUAAAAAUGUUUUGCCAAAAAUGUGUCUGUGCUUUGGCACGGCCAAAUAAAGGAGUCGCGUGUCCAACCAAAGCAUCCUGGCGUCUCUGUCAACCGUGGACGGGGUUUCUUCUCGGGUCUUCUCAGCUCUCCAUCAGAUUGCCACCAGAUCUCCAUCAGAUCUGCUGUGCUUCUGUGGGACGUGAUGAUGUCUUGUUUUGGUGAAGAUGAAACUUGAACUCACCGGCUGAUUUUGCAAGCGUCAAACAUCAACGCCUUGGCAGAAAUGUGCAGCGUGUGAGAGUUGUUGCCUCCAAUUUGCUAAGUGGUGUUUGAUUUAGAGUGAGGCGUUCAUAUUUUACAGCAUGAGACUUCAAUCUUCUCUCCGAUUCUUCUCCACCGCCGCCUCGCCUCCCUCACUGCCCUUGAGCCCUGGUCUAUCAGGCGGACCGGGCGGGUGAGUGAACGAGCCGUCGUGACUUCGCCUGAGAUCACAUGUUUCCCAGGAAGACAUUUUGAUAUUCUUAUCACUUAUCAACGCCCACAAUGAGGAAUGCAAUUUUA